AUGGGCGGUCCGACCAUCAAAUGGCGAUACGGACGAAGUGAUUAUGAAGAUGGGAAAAAGUCACCACCCGAUGGUCGAUUACCGGACGCUUCUCAAGGAGUCCAACACAUCCGGGAUAUUUUCUAUCGAAUGGGUUUCAAUGAUAGUGAAAUUGUUGCUUUGAUUGGUGCUCAUUCUUUGGGUCGGUGUCACAUAGAUAGAAGCGGUUACGAUGGAGAUUGGACGACAACACCGACCGCAUUUUCAAAUGAAUUUUUCCGUUUUUUAUUGAACGAACAAUGGCAAGAGCGUCAUUGGAAUGGUUCAAAACAGUUCGAAGAUGUGAGGACACAAUCUUUCCUGAUGUUACCAACUGAUAUGGCACUGAUUCAAGAUCCUGAAUUUAAAAAAUAUGUAGUAGAAUAUGCCAAUGAUAAAGAUCUCUUUGGCAAGCAUUUUGCAGCUGCUUUCGAGAAACUAUUAGAAUUGGGAGUGGAUUUCACAAAAAAUGGUUGA